CUCGAAUUAUCAGCUGUCAGGGCCAGUGUAUUAUGAGGGUUUUGUGAACACCUAACAUCCCUCCACUCCCUCAGACCAGCUCUCGUCCGCCGAGCUGUAGCGUCUGCCAGACGGCCGGUAGAAGAGCGGAGUUAGGCUAUUCCGAGAAGGAGUGACUGACUCAGGCACGGCAUCGGAAAUAGCCAUGGCAUGGCCCUGCCUCUUCUUCCUGCCCAUCAACUACCACACCACCACCUCUCUGUCUGGCCUAUCAUGACUGCCAUGACCGCAACCUCGAGACCCCAGGCAGCAGCCAGUAGGUCUCUCGACGGCGGCUAUGACUAUUCUGUGGGCACGUCGAUCCCAGCGAAUAUGGCCCAUGCUGUGUCAGUGAGCUUGCCCAAGUGGAAGGACAAUGUCGACUACGAGGAGGGCAAGUUGGACGAUGUCAUGCAGAUCGGCUACCCCAGAUUCUUCAUUCACAAGAGUAUCCAACAGCUCGCGGCGGUACUCGUUCGCAAGUUCGGUACCCCGGCACUAGGAGCCAGUGAGGCUGAAAGGUGCCUCCUGCUGCCAUCUUCGCGCUCAGCUGACCGGUGCAGAGCUUUCAUGCAAUCGCAAUACGCGAAGACUCCGCCUGCGAAAGGGGAGUCGUCCCAGCUACCAGUCCGAGUGGUACAAUUCAGCCUCGUUAGCCCGUCUGCAGCUGGCGAAGGACCCGUGGCGAGCUCUCAGGAGCUGUCGCUCAGCGCAGCUCCCGUAUACCUCUACAUCGUCCUCUUCCCGGCUUCUGCCUUCCCGCUAGCGAAAGCCUUCUGGCAACAUACCGGGGAUGGCAUCAGCAGUCGCUUGGCAGAGCACAGUCUCAGGAUCUUAGCAGAGAUGGGUCGAGUGGGUGAUGACACACCAUCUCCGGGCACACGGACACCAAUUCGCAAAGCGGUCGAAGACGAUGCAUCCGAGCCGGUCCAUCGCCGCUACUCAAAGAACCGCCAUUACUCGAGAGCCAGCUCCUCAAACGCGGCUCCUUCGGCUCUUGCCGCCUCUGGCCCCAUCAAAGCUGCCAUGCCCGCCCUCAGAGCUGCUCAAGAUACUGCCGACCCUGAUGCUGAGCUGGAGAGCGGCAGUCAGUCUGCCUACGUCGAGGAGAGAUACGGUCGUAAUUUGCCGGCCAGUUCAGCUUCUCUUGCAAAGAAAGUACUCAAGAGGCGGAUUGCCGGUACACUGCUGGCUGAUCGCCUGCCACCUCCGAACCCGGCGGAGGACGGCUCGCAGUCCAAAGAGCAUGAAGUUGGCACAACGGCCAGAGAAGGUACGCAGCUGAGUGAAGACGACGUCUUCCUCUUCCCCACUGGUAUGAGUUCGAUCUUCCAUGCUCAUCAGACUGCUUUGCGGUGGCGGAAGCGCUCCGCUGGGGUUGAGAAAGUGGGAAAGAGUGUCUGCUUUGGCUUCCCUUACACGGACACUCUCAAGAUUCUGCAGAAGUGGGGACCAGGCUGCCACUUUUACGGAAAUGGACAGGACUCUGAUCUCGACAACCUCGAAAAGCUGCUGCAGGCCCAGUCACCAAGAUCAGGCGAGGCACCUGUCUUGUCCCUCUUCUGCGAGUUCCCCAGCAAUCCACUCCUCCGCUGCCCUGAUCUCCCCCGGAUUCGUAGAUUAGCUGACAAGUACAACUUCGUCGUCGUGGUAGACGAGACGAUUGGCAACUUCCUCAAUGUCGAAGUUCUCCCAUAUGCGGAUAUUGUCGUAUCCUCACUGACGAAGGUCUUUUCAGGCGAUGCCAACGUAAUGGGUGGUUCGAUGGUCAUCAACCCUCAGUCAGUCCACAAGCAAGCGCUGAGGGCGGCGCUGGAGGAGGAGUACGAAGACAACUACUGGGGAGUAGACUCGGUCUUUAUGGAGCGGAAUUCUCGCGACUUUGCUUCGAGGGUGGAGAGAAUCGACCUGAAUGCCGAGGCCUUAGCAGACCUCUUGCACGGUGAGAUGCUGAAGGAGCGGGACGACGAGGUGCCAAAGGCCCGCCAGGUGAUCAAGGGAGUAUACUAUCCGAAGUACAUCACUAGGAACCACUACGAUGCCUGUCGUCGAACCAAGAACUUGCUCGGCUCAGGAUCAACCUCUCUGAGAGAGGGAGGAGGAUACGGUGGUUUGUUCUCUGUUAUCUUCACAUCAACGCAGGCCUCUACCGCCUUCUACGACGAGCUGAAGUGCGCAAAGGGUCCCAGUCUUGGUACCAACUUCACCCUGGCCAGUCCAUAUGCCAUUCUGGCUCACUAUACCGAGCUGGACUGGGCGGCCCAAUUUGGCGUGGACAGUGCGCUAGUGAGAGUCAGUACGGGUCUGGAGGAGACGGAGGAGCUGAAGACGAUGUUCAGCAGGGCCCUGGAAGCAGCUAGGAAUGCGGUGUGAGCUGAUGAUCGGUCACAAUGCAAGGCGAUGUGUUCUAUUCCAAUUGUGGCUGGCCGAGACAGAAAUCAUAUCCGCUUGGCCCUCU